AUGACAGAAGGACACAGCGCUCCUCCAUCCCAAGAUCCUCCGGCCGCACCCACCGACAACAGCGCCGCCCCGGUCCCAGCCGAUGUACGCCCACACGCCGUCCACUAUGACCAGGGCCUGUCGUCACACGAACACGAGCAGGACUCCACGGGACGACUCACCCCGCGACCAACUUUCCUCGAACAUCUAGCCAACUUGCGCGACUCGCAGUUCCAGCUUGAUCGGCGGGACUCGAGCGAGCUGGAGCGGUAUUUUCAUGGCCCCCGUGAUAUGGACAAGCAUUCCAAAUGGCCGAUCUUCAUGCGCAUGCAUGGCAGCGUCAUGCCCAAGAUGAUUCUCCCGCUGUUGUCGGUGGCGGCGUGGUCGACGCUCAUUACGUGUAUUUCCAAAUAUGUCCAUGACUUGGGUAUUAAUAACAUCCUUCUCACCGUACUGGGUUUCGUGGUGGGCCUGGCAUUGUCGUUUCGAAGUUCCACAGCAUACGAGAGAUGGGCCGAUGGACGCAAGUACUGGUCCCAACUCAUCCAAACAUCCCGAAACCUCGCCCGGACAAUUUGGGUCAACACCGGCGAGCGAGACGGAGAAGAAGGCAAGGUAGACCUUUUGAGAAAGCUCACCGCCAUGAAUCUCAUCCUAGCCUUCGCCGUCGCCCUCAAACACAAGCUCCGCUUCGAGCCAGACAUCGCAUACGAAGACCUCGCCGGCCUGGUCGGCCACCUCGACACUUUUGCCCGGGACGCCCACGACCGCCAUGUCGUCAACCCGCCGGCGAAAUCCAUCUGGAAGGCCACGGGCGAGUACCUGGGCGUGUCGUUCGCCGAGUCCAAUCCACGCAAACUGAUCAAGCGGUCGAAGAAGCCACUCGGCCAUCUUCCAUUGGAGAUCCUUAACCAUUUGUCUGUGUAUGUGGAUUCGUGCGUGGCUAAUGGCACUCUGGUGUCGACUUCGCAUCAGGGGCAGGCGGUCACGGCAAUGUCCACGCUUAACGAGGUCCUGACUGGCACCGAACGUGUCCUCGACACGCCCCUCCCAACAGCAUACAGCAUCGCAAUCGCCCAGAUCGCCUGGGUGUACGUGCUCGUUCUCCCAUUCCAGCUGUACAGCGCCCUGAACUGGAUCACCAUCCCCGCCUCACUAGUGGCAGCAUACAUAAUCCUCGGCCUAGCCACAAUCGGCAGCGAAAUCGAAAACCCCUUCGGCCAAGACGUCAACGACCUCCCACUGGACACAUACUGCCGCCAGAUCGCGCUGGAGCUCGACAUCAUCACCGCGACGCCGCCGCCCGACGUCAACGACUUCAUGUGCCGCCCGGAUAACUUUGUUCUGUUCCCGCUGAGCCAGGACGGGUUCCCUGUCUGGAAGGAUCGCAGUGUUGCUGAUAUCCGGGGCGCGCUGCGCACGAAGAUGGUUGCGAGUCCGUCGCCGGGGGUGGCAGCGGCGAUGAAGACGUCGUCGGAGGCGUCGACUGUUGUGGGGAAUUCGUGUGCGGUGACUAAACAGUCUGUUUGA